AUGCUAACAAGGAAAUGGGUCGACGGGCCCCUGCUGCUCCUCCUCUUAGUCCUGAUCCUGCAACAAAUUAACGCAGACGUCAACCAGCUGUCCAAUAACUAUUUGCCGCCAGACAACGAUAAGCCGAGCAGUAAUCAGAUAUUGGCGGACGAGGAACCUCAGACGGAGACGAUACAGUCCAAUGAUGGUGUUUACUCUCCGAUGGCGGGUCUGGUGCUACCCCCGGGUUACGCCAUACCUCCAGGAAGUAAUCUGCCACCAGCGCCCAUGACGCCGCCCAACUUUCCGCUGCCCAUUUACCCGCCCUUUUUCGGAUUUGGCAGCGGUGGUGGUGCGCAGGGCUUUGGAUUGGGUGCGGGUCAAGUGUCGCCUGGCUAUCAAGCGCAGCUAGCCGGUGGGCCUUUCCCGGUUGGAGGUGCUCCACAAGGUGCACAGUUUCCAGUUGGACCACAGGCUGGCGGUUUUGCUAUUGGGCCGCAAGGUGGACAGUUCACGGCUGGACCCCAGGGUGCACCCUUCCCAGUUGGAUCACAAGCUGGACAAUUUCCUGGUGCUGGACAACAGAUCGGCCCAUUCCCAGGUGGACCUCAGGGCGGCCCAUUCCCAGGUGGACCUCAGAGCGGCCCAUUCCCAGCUGGACAACAGGGCGGCCCAUUACCAGGUGGACCUCAGGGCAGCCCCUUCCCAGCUGGACAACAAGGCGGUCAAUUUCCCGGCAGUCCCUUCCCAACUGGACCCCAACCUGGCUCGUUCCCAGUUGGACCCCCACCCGGCUCAUUUCCCGUUGCACCACAGGCUGGACAAUUUCCAUUCAUGCCAGACUAUUUAACCACACAGGGCUUGCCCGGGGCGGCGAUGCAACUGGCCUUCCAGCAGAAUCUCGGCGGGAUGUUUGGAAUGCCAGCUGGUUUCGGUAGCCCGCAACAGCCUACAUAUGGCUUUCAGAACCAGGUUAAUGUGGGUCAACCCUUCUCGCCCAGCUUCGGCAUACCGGGACAGCACUUUUAUCCGCAGCCAUUCGCCGACGAGCCGCAGUUGGCACCGAAUGAGAAACCAAAGAGCAGCUCGGCCAAGUCACUGGUCAAGUCAGUGGCCAAGUCAACGGCCAAGUCAGUGGCCAAGUCGCAGAUAAAGGAUACCAUCUAUUCGUCCAAUGGCGGUUACAUCAAUAAGCGUACUAAAUAA